AUGCUUAAGAACUUGUGCAAACAACAGAUCGUGAUAAAUGAGACUCUGAAAUCCGAAAUCGCUAAGUUAAAUAAUAUUAUCCGCAUAGUUUCUAGUGAGAAAGAUUUACUACUGGAUGAAUUGAUCAAUAAUCAUUCUACUUGUCGAAACGCUGAUCUAAAAAAAAUAAAGAGUGACCCGCAUGUCGCUGAUCAUAACGAAAAUGCGGGUUUCCACAGUGACCCAACCAGUUUAUUAGCUUUGAAUUCAAUCUCAGCACAAGAAAAUGAAGAUCGUUGGAUUUCGCAUGACCAAGUAGAGACGAACCACAGUCAUCUGUCUGGCCAUUCAUCUCUUAUAUCUACUAAACCCAGGUUACAAUACCAAAUCCCUUCAGUUCAUUCAAAAACAACCAUUUCCGCUACUCCUAGUGGCGAUAAUGAUACCUCAUCACGGCUGCUAAGUUCUUCUGGAAAUACUUUGAAAUCGAGCCUGAGUAAUCCAGGAUCGCCGCCUACAAUCACUUCAAAUACUCAUUUAGUCACACCAGUUGCUGCUAGCUCCAAUAAUUUACCUACUACCCAGCGACCAAACAGAAGUGGUUCUCUUGUAACUAACUCGUCAGUAUGUCCUUCAAAUCCAUCGAUUCCUUAUGUAUCAUUCGCAUCCCAACGAACACCUAUUGGUUCCCACUCAAAAUAUGUAUCUGUAACAAACCGUCCCCUAAAAUCUGUGACUUCGCCUACUAUAUCCCCUGGAAUUCGAUUGUCGAGUAGUCAACCAACAAACCAGCGUAUUUUAAUUCAACCAAGCAACUGUAACGCUCGUUCGGUUGUCUUUCCUCGACAACAAUCUCAUGCAAAUGAUUCUUGCGAAUUCGGGUACGCAGAGAGAUGA